GAAAAAAAAGGAAAGGGGGAGUAAAGAGGGAGUGUGAGCCGCGAGAGAAAGGAAGAAUAGGAGGGGACGAAAUACAAAUCUGUCCGAAAGAAAACGGCGUUCAUAGCUUGUCUUCGUUUCGUUUAUUAACAGCGAAGGAGCUCUCGGCUGAAAAAGGGCCGCGUUUUUCUUUGAAAAACACCGGAGAAUCAGUAACGGUAACGGUAACGUUCCUCACAACAGUCGACAUGUCAGAAAUUGUGCCCCCGGAAGUCAGACCCAAACCGGCUGUCCCUGCCAAGCCCUCCCAUGUGGCACCGCCCGCUAGCGUCCCCCAUAUGCCCCCCCAUGGCCCAGGGGCUGGAAGUCAAGGGUCAGGAGGGGGCUCCACGUUGCUAGGAUACGUCGGAAUAGACACCAUCAUUGAGCAAAUGAGGAAGAAGACCAUGAAGACAGGCUUUGACUUCAAUAUCAUGGUUGUUGGUCAGAGUGGCUUGGGGAAGUCCACUCUGGUGAACACUCUAUUUAAGUCUCAGGUGAGCAGGCGAAGCUCAGGCUGGAGCCGUGAUGACAAAAUCCCCAAAACGGUGGAGAUCAAAUCUGUGUCGCACGUGAUUGAAGAAGGUGGUGUGAAGAUGAAACUGACUGUGAUCGACACUCCAGGAUUUGGUGAUCAGAUCAACAAUGAAAACUGCUGGGAGCCCAUCUCCAAGUACAUCAACGAGCAGUAUGAGAAGUUUCUAAAGGAGGAAGUGAACAUUGCCCGUAAGAAACGCAUCCCAGACACACGAGUGCACUGCUGCCUGUACUUCAUAUCUCCAACCGGACACUCGCUGCGGCAGUUGGAUAUAGAGUUCAUGAAGCACUUGAGUCGAACGGUCAACAUCAUCCCUGUCAUCGCCAAGGCGGAUACACUCACUCCUGAAGAGAAGACUGAGUUCAAACAGAGGGUGAGAAAGGAGCUGGAGGUGUGUGGGAUCGAGUUUUAUCCACAGAAGGAGUUCGAUGAGGACCUGGAAGACAAGAGUGAUAACGAUAAGAUCCGGGAGGCCAUGCCCUUUGCAGUUGUGGGAAGUGACAAAGAGUACCAAGUCAACGGCAAACGAGUUCUGGGGAGGAAGACCGCCUGGGGUAUAGUAGAAGUCGAGAACCCAAAUCACUGCGAAUUCUCUCUGCUACGGGACUUCUUGAUCAGGUCUCACCUACAGGACCUGAAGGAGGUCACUCACAACAUCCACUACGAGACAUACCGUGCCAAGCGGCUCAACGACAACGGAGGACUCCACCCCAUCUCCUCCAGCGGCGACACGCAGGAAAGCAACCUGUGAAUGAGGGAAAGAGUGAGAGUGUAGAGAGAGAUAUGAGAUGAAAGAUGAUAACGUCUAAUCUUUUGCGGAUACAUACAUCAACGCAUGCUCUGAGGAUUUCUUUGCUGUGGAGUUCUUGUCUUAACGCUCGUUUUUAACUGUCCAAGCACAUUUGUCUUUGCCUCUCCUCACACCAAGCUUCCUUUCUAAAACUCCCUGUACUUUAUGACAGCACACAGUGAGUCUUAAGCCUAAGAUGGAGGUAGAUAAUCCUCCCUGAACCAUUUCUGAACUGAAUUUGGGUAUGCUAUGGUGAUGUCUUUUCCUUCUUCUUUGCCAUUACUAUUCCCCCACCUAAAGCAGUUACUCCUAUAAUUCAGUGAUUCACCAUAUGGAUGGGUGACUACACUGCCAUUCAAUUGCACAGAUUAUAUAGGGGUCCAAAAAACUUAAGUCUUUUCAGCUUUUCCUAACAGCCUUUAUUCCGUACCUGCCAAACCAAGUCAGGAACUCAGAAAGUGCACGUUUACAAGCCUCAACAACGAUCUACUGACUAUUUGACCAUUCCUGUCGCUAACCAAACAGGGAAAAAUGCAUGGCUUGGAGUUCCAAUUGCACAUCUGUCUUGAAGCCACACUUCUACAGUCUUUCUUGAUGAACUGAUUUUUUGACUCUAUUUCAGGAAUCUCACUUUAUCUUGUACUAGAGUAGCACACCAUGCACUAAGUAGAAAAUUCCUAUGAACACAAAAUCAAGUGUCUUUUGAAGGUUUACGCCCCCAGUGCAUUUUGUAUAGAUGUUUUUUUUUGUCCUGUGUGUCCCGAGUGUGUGUGUGUGUAUACGAGUGUGUAUGAGAGCGAAUGUGCCUUUCCAUCUUUCAGAUCUACAUAUCCAGUUUUUUUUUUUACUUCAUGUGUGCCAAUGAUUUUAUCAGUAUGCAUGUAUAUAGCUGAUGCGAAGGUAUUGCGAAUUGUUUGCGUUUACAAUGGUGUUAACUACUUGAUAUUACAGUCAAAGCACAGAUAAGUCCUACUUCCCUCAUUUUACACACUCGACAGCAUUUUACCACUGAAGGUACACAAUAUUACUAGCUGUGUCUCAUCUCAAACCAGUUCACUGAUCUCUCUUAACCCAUAACCUUUUGGAUGCAAAUACCUCCUUAUUCAUUUUUUUCUCAUUAAUGCUUCUUGUGUAAUAUUAAAGUACAUUUUAG